CAAUCACAAAUCACUCUCUCCCUCUCAUCAGUCUAAUAUCCCAGUCAUGGAGGAGGGAUACAGAAUUGAGCUGGACUACAUCACGGAGCGCAUCAUCACCGUAUCCUUCCCUCAGGCAUGCCCAGACCAGACCUACCUCCAGAACCUGCGUGACAUCACACAGAUGCUCAAAUCCAAACAUGGCCACAACUACAUGGUGAUCAACCUCUCAGAGAAGAAUGAUAGCCUGACCCAGAUGAACCCCAAGGUGUUGGACACGGGCUGGCUAGAGCUGCUGGCCCCGUCCAUGGAACAGAUGUGUGGUGUGUGUAAGACCAUGGAUAACUGGCUCCACUCACACACACAGCAUGUUCUGGUCAUGCACUGUCGGGGUGGUCAAGGCAGAGUCGGGGUGAUGGUGGCCUCCUACAUCCACUUCAGCAGCAUAUCAGCAAGUGCAGACCUGGGUCUAGACCACUUUGCCAUGAGAAGGUUCUACAACGACAAAGUAUCUUCCCUGAUGAAUCCCUCGCAGAAACGGUAUGUGUGGAUGUUCAGCAGUCUGCUGAGGGGAGUUAUGAACAUGGAUCACUCUCCUCUCUUCCUCCUUUGUGUGGUUCUUCACGGCGUGCCCAACAUCAAUUCUGAGGGAGGAUGUCGUCUGUUCCUGAGAGUGUACCAGAGCCUGCAGGUCGUCUGCACUUCAGCAGUCUAUCACGUGCGAGCAGUACAGACAGACAGGGUUUACUUUGUACUGCAACCAGCUCAACUGCUUAAGGGAGACAUAAUGGUGGUGUGUUAUAAUAAAAACCACCAGACAGCCAGCCGAGAGGUCAUCUUCAGGCUCCAGUUUCACACUGGCAUUAUCCACGGUCGCCCCCUGCUUUUCCCCAAGGAAGACCUUGACACAGCUUAUAUAGAUCCCAGGUUUCCAGACGAUGGGAAAGUUGAGUUGGUGUUCUCUGAAAAUCCUGAGAAGAUGCCAGGCAGUGGUCACUGGCAAAACGGACCCUCUGUCAUGGUGGACUACGAUACCUGGGACCCCCUGGUUCGACGGGACUCCUAUGAGUACAUCUCUCCUGAAGGACUAGCUCUGCCUCGUAGCCCGGGCCCUGUCGAUGGCAACCUAUACGCCAGAGUAAGGAAGGGAAGUAGUGACGAAGGAGCUCCGUUUCACCUGGCAACCAGCUACCCUAUCCCCAGUGGCCUUAAACUGUCAGCCAGCAAAGACUCAGGCCUCUCUAUCGCCUCCCAGAGGACCGGAGGUAUUACUGCUGUGAGACCCAGGAGAGGGCCCAGUCAGGACGAACUUACCCAGCUCAGGCGGCUUCUAUCUGAGGUCGGCCUGGAGCCUCAUCUGGAGGACAUGACUGACCUCCCAGCCUCCUGUAACGCAGCGAGGGAGAUGAAGGGGGACGAGGCUGGGUUAGGGCAGCCUUUGAAGGCCUCUCCUAGCGAGAGGGAGUCAGACAUCCUUUAUGAUGACGAGGUUAGCCCCGAGGCUAGCAUUGGCUCGUUCUCCUCUGAGUGCAUACUUGAAGCCCAGGGAGUGGUCCAGAGUGGAAGUGGAUACUCCACCCCCUCCACCCAAUCAUGGGUGCAGCAGCAGCAGAUAGUCGUCAGGGGGCAGGACAGCCCUGUGGAUACACUUUCUCUGAUUGGUCCAAACACCUUAUCACUUCCAGACACGCCAAAUAGGGGGAGCAGCAGCAGAGAGUCGGUGCAGAGAGGAGUGGAGGGAGGGGUGGGGUUGCCUGUACAGACGGACAGUCACACACACGCCUCACACACCACCCAUACACCGUUGCCCUCAGGGGAACCUUGCGGGCAGGAGGAGCUUGCCUCGUUAGCCACAGACAUUGAUGAGUCCAUCGAGCAGCUUAACCAGCUGAUCCUAGAUCUGGACCCCACCUUCAUACCUGUUCCCACCCGACACACCCCCCUCCCCCUUGCUCUCUCCACUUCCCUCUACACCAAUGGUAACAACCAUACGAUGACACAUGCCAACACCAGCCAAUCAGGCUGGAAGCACAGACAGGCCAGUGAUGUCACAGAUUACCCAGGAUUCUACAGUCCUGGUUGGGGCGGAGCCCAGACAUUCCAGAAUGCUCCGAUCUACAGGCCCAACCUACCUCCCUCCCAGUGUCUCUCCAGGAUGGACAGUGUGGACUAUGAAGGACCGACUCCAGUAACGGACAGCUGUGACAUAGUCCCAUCCACACCAGCAUUUCCUAUCUCUCCUCCAACGCCCUAUGUGAAAAGUUUCCCAGUGUUCUCUUACCUGAGGCCAGGAGAAGGACAUUGGGAGAAGAGCGGAAUAUCACAAGAUUCCCAGAGUUUCCUGGACAGUAGUAUGAACCAGACUCCAGUGUCGUCGGAAGGACAGCAGUUCCGCUCUGAAGUGUCCGUCACUACCGCUUCCUGUCAGAGAAUGUUCGGAUCCAUGCGCUCUGUAUCGUCAGGCAGCUCCUUCCCUCACACAGACAGCCAAACUCCACCUCCAGUGUGGCUGGACAGGACUCCUACGUCCCUGUCUUCCCCAUCCGCUUCCCCCUCUCUGUUACCUCUCAGCCUCCCCAAUGCCCACAGCUCUCCCUGGGAGGCCCCGGGGGGCCUGGAGGGGUCUGAGGACCUGAGCUGUGAUGAGAGGAACAAGGGGUACCAGAGCCAGGGGGAUUUAGCCUCUCUGCUGUUGGGGAAUGGAGGUCUGGGACUGGAGCACAGCCUGUUGAAGGCAGUGGAGGGGCUGGGGGGCCUUGAUUUAGGCCUGAACCUGGGUCUGGACCUGGGGCUUGGAGAGGGCAGACUGGGGGAACUACCACCCCUGCUGCCUGAGAAGAGGGUACCGGGGCUAGGCUUGGGUGGGUCGACGUCCCCCUCGUUCAGUGGGUUCUCCAGCCCCCACAGUGGUAGUAGUCUCAGCAUCCCCUUCCCCUCAGCUAUGACCCCUGACCCUCUCAUGACCUCUGACCAUCUCAAAGGACUCAGCGCUGGUGGUGUAGCCCCCUCGCCUGGAUCAGACCUGUUUGCCAGUAAGCAGCACACUGUGAAGUUUGUUCAGGACACAUCCAAGUUCUGGUACAAGCCUGACAUCUCCAGAGAUCAAGCUAUCACUAUGCUGAAGGACAGAGAACCUGGAUCUUUUGUCGUCAGGGACAGUCACUCGUUCCACGGAGCCUACGGAUUGGCUAUGAAGGUGGCCACACCCCCUCCCUCUGUCCUGACACAGAGCAAGAAAGUGGGAGGGGACCUGUCUAAUGAGCUGGUGAGGCACUUCCUGAUUGAGUGCACUCAGAAAGGGGUACGGCUUAAGGGCUGCCCCAACGAACCCUACUUUGGAAGUCUGACUGCAUUGGUCUGUCAACAUUCCAUCACCCCCUUUGCCCUGCCCUGCAAACUCAUCAUCCCCGACAGAGAUCCUCUGGAAGAGACUAGUGAGCCAUCAACACAGUCAGCCACCAACUCUGCUGCUGAGCUACUCAAACAGGGAGCAGCCUGUAAUGUGUGGUUCCUGGGCUCAGUAGAGCUGGAGUCUCUAACAGGGUACCAGGCUGUGCAGAAGGCAGCCAGUCUGAUUCUGGCCAUGGACCCUCCUUUUACCUCCACUGUGGUCCAUUUCAAAGUCUCAGCCCAGGGCAUCACCCUCACCGACAACCAGAGGAAGCUGUUCUUCAGGAGACACUACACUGUCAAUACAGUCAUAUUCUGUGCUCUUGACCCACAGGAACGCAAGUGGACAAGAGAUGGCUGCUCCUCUGCUAAGAUCUUUGGUUUUGUGGCGAGGAAGUCGAUGAAUGGGACGGAGAACGUGUGUCACCUGUUUGCUGAACAUGACCCCGAACAACCCGCCAGCGCCAUCGUAAACUUUGUCUCCAAGGUGAUGAUUGGCUCACCGAAGAAAUAACACAGCGCGCACACACACACACACACACACACACACACACACACACAUUGUUUGUCCUGCUGGUACAUACAGCACUAAAAUUCUGAUGUAGAAGAGAAGAGACUAAUGUGUUGCAUUAUGGGAUACUACCCGCAGAAGCAACAACUUUACGCUACACACCAGGGGCCUCAUUUAUAAACAUUGCAUAUACACAACAUUUGCACCAAAAUCUGCAUGCACCAGUUUUCAACAAAAGUUAUCAUUUAUAAAAACUUGCUGUGAGAAUGUGAUCCCCUCCCCGCAGACUUUAGACCAUACAUAUGCACAUCUGCUUGUGGUUGAAAUAUUCUAUUACAAGCUGGAAAGUAAGGAUUUUGUAACGUUCUGUUGACAGGUUCACAGCAAUUUGCCAGUGUUUUCUCUUUCAGAAACUGACUGACAGUCCUUUUCCAGAUACACCAUAAAUUACUGCAAAAGAUUAAAACAUCCUGCCAACACAGUAAAUAGACCGGUAGUUUAUGUAAAAUAUUUGACAGUAUGGGUAUAGGUUACAGUAUUGCUGUGCGAUAGGAGCGCAAAAUCAUUGCGUAUUUAAUCUCAGAGCAUAUACCAAGGCAGGACAUAGAAAUCCAAUAAUCUAUUGAUAAACUAUAUAUUGAACAACAAUUCUUGUUUUGCAUGCUAUGGCCUAAUGCCAAUCGUUCCAAAUUAUGCCUCAAAUAAUGGGCGUUAUGGUCACCCUAAAAGGUGGAUGGAGGGUGUUUUCCAGGCAGUUGUAAAACUGUGUGUGCGCCAAAUUGAUAAAUGUCAAUAUUUCUGUAUUUGUGCAGACUUUUCAGAAAUGGGUCAUGCAGACAUCUAGUGUGAAUGUAUGCAAUGGUUAUAAAUGAGGCCCCAGAGGUGUACUGUAGGGUGAUGUUGCCCCCUAGACACUGAUCUUGGGCUAGUUUAGCAUUUCCCCCACUAAUGGGGGAAGUCAGGAUUGGGGGAAGGGAAAUCUGAUCUGAUCCUUGAUCUGUUACUAGGAUAAGCUUUACCCUGAAGCGCAUCGAGGACUUAAAAACAAAACGUUAUUAAUAGAACUUUUUGUUAUCAGAGGAGGCUGAUGGGCAGAGAUCAUUGUAAUGGCUGGAAUGGACAGAACGGUAUCAAACACAUCAAACACAUGGUUUUAUUACAAAGAGCACGUCCUCCUUUAUCUCCACCCACCAGCCACCACUGCUGUUUGUGUAUAUAUAGUCAGGAUGUCAUUGUAAAGGGAGGUAAUCUGUCAUGUAUGAUAUGUAUUUUUAAUUGAGACAUGUUUUUAACAAAUAUAUUUGCUGAAAUGUAAUCUGUAUGAUAUUGUCCCUCUAAUCACACAGCAUUACUAGUCUGUCUCUACCCGCCAUGCAGAGUAAAAGGCUCUCAAGAAAGAACAUGGUCACUUUUAAUCACUUCAGCCAAUCCCUUCGAACUCAUAUUAUCAAUGAAACACUAUAUACUUUACAAUCCAGUGCUUGACUUGGUGCGGAACACACCAAUAUAAACAGUACCGGCACCUAAAAUGAGUUCCGGCACCUACUUCAGUCCAAGUCAUGCACUGCUACUACUUUCUUCAGAAGCUUUUCAUAUAGAUACUGUAUACUGUACUUUUCCUCUGUAAGCCAUUAGGAUCAACCUGUAAGCCACUAGUAUCAACUGACAGUUUUUUUCAAUCACUUUGGUGCUAUUUUCACAAGCAUGUGGUGAAUUUCCUAAACUCUUAGUACAAAACUCCAAACUGGUAACACUUGUAAAGCAGCCAGUCUUAAAUUCAAAACCUUUUAUUUUGCAUUCAUCUUUCACACACAACCAUUGAUCCACAAUAUACAUUUACUGUAAAAUACCAGCAUAACAUUGAUUUAAUCACCAAACACAACAAUUUAGUUUUUUUUAACAACCAGUUAAUGCAAUAGCAAACAAUGCAAGAUACAUGUUUAAAAAAUGCCCUUAAAUUACAGUACUUUACACUGUUUUCACAUUAGGCAAUACACUUUCACUACCCAUCAAAAUGUACCCAUCAAAAAUAUAAAAUCAAAUUUCCAUAAUUUCUAUGUUAUGUGUGAUCAGAGGUGUGAUCAUUAAAGACAUCUUUCACAAUCAUUGAUGCAAAAAAUAAAUGUAUAUUGUUCAUAGGUGUACUGUAAUCAUAUGAAACAAAUGAAAUGAAUGAAAAAAACAACGCUUAGUAGGCACUUGUUUUCAUCAAGCCUGUCUUCUCAUCAACACCGCAAUGUCCUCAUUCUUCAUACACCUGGUAAAAAAAAUUGGCACAGCGAAUCCAAGCCUGACAUCUGGUUUCAUGUCAUUGCAUGGCCUGAUGAGGGUGGCACGCUCAUUGGAAUGGCGACCAUACUCCUUCCACCUGUAUUCUAAUUAUAUAUUGUAUUUUACAGUGUUGUAUUGUACUUAUGUAUUGUAGGGGUCCUGUGUGGCUCAGUUAGUAAGAGCAUGGCAUUAGCAAUACCAGAGUGGUGGGUUUGAUUCUCGUCAAUCAGUAACAUUUGGAAUUAGAAUUAGGUUUCAUGUGACUUUCUGAAUUAACUGGAAUUGACCCCAACUCUGUUUGAUAUACAAGAAUGUGUUGACUCACUGCGGUCCCUUUGGGUAAAAACGGCUGCUACAUAAAUAUGUACAUAUGUUACAGUAUUACAGUACUGUAUUGGCCAAUGCAAUUUUAGUAAAUUAGUGUAACCCCCCCCCCCCCAUCAAAAAGACCCCAGCAACUUCCUUUUAGAUUCAUGUUUACCGUAUAGGGCAGGGGUAUUCAACUUACCCUACAAGGCCCGGAGACUGCUGGUUUUCUGUUCUACCUGAUAUUUAAUUGCACACACCUGGUGUCCCAACCAUUUUAGAAUCUAUAGGUUUACCAAAUUAAGAGAUUAUCAAUUAAGAGCAGUCGGAUUAAGUAAUAGGUAAAUGUAUUUUAAGAAAUGAGAAGACAAUCAUAUCAAAAGUAAUGUGAGGGUUGCAUUGUGAAAUUCAAUGACUUUAUAUGAACAUGUAUUGCAAUGUCAAACAUUUAUUUCUAGAUGAAUCACUGAUUAAGUUUGGGGGAAAAUGACUAUGAUUUUGCAUGUUGUAUUUAGUCAAUUGAAAAUAUGCUUAGCGUUUUGAAACACCUGCCUUUUUGGUGAUCUGUUUUGAGUUUUGUACUAAAUGUUCCACAUGCUUGUGAAAAUUGCACCAAAGUGAUUGGAAAAAACUGUAAUAGUGUUCAACCCCACCAGGGAUUAGCACCAUAUCACACGGGUGUAGGAUCUGCAAACUUAGUGUGUAUUCGAGAUUUAAAAAGGCUUCUAAAGUUUUUAAUGUCUACUUGAUUUGCCCUAACUAAAAAUGUGUCAACCCCAACCCCCUAUAAUCCACAUAAUAAUGAACAUGUCCUGUUGCUGCAGGAUUAGUUUCCUGCUGUGAGAAACUGCUCCAAUUAAUUCCUGACGAUUCUACUUACAUGUUGAAUCGGCUCUGUUUGAUGACACCCAAUAGACGAUCUUCUGGCCACGGCCAACAUUUGUUAUUAUUGUGUCUUCCAUCCUAGACAAAAAAUAAUAUUUGUUGUCCCUUUAAAUAGAUUUGAAGAGAUUUUAAAAUAUAUUUAACAUGAUGCAUUAUGUUUGAAAGAAGAAUAACUCUGAGAAGACAUGAAACCAUGCAACAUGGUAAUGUGUUGCUCUUGAGAUGAGUGUUGUAGCCAUGGUAAGUAUGUGAGGAAGACUGCAUCCCAAAUGGUAACCUAUUCCCUAUACUGUAUAGUGCACUGAACACACAUUAACGUCUAAUUGUAACAGUGUCAUUGGAUUCAGGUUAAAAGUUGGAUAAAAAAAAGAACGUUGGUGUAUCAGUUGGUGACUUUUUUCAAAUCCAAGCAGUUUUCCAUGUUGAGUCAACAUCAUCACAUUUAUUUAUUUUGUUGAAAUGAAUUAGAAACAAUGUUGAUUAAAACAGUUUGUGCCCAGUGGGAAGUAGUGCUCCUCUGGUCAGAGGUAGUGCACUAUAUAGGGAAUAAGGUGGCAGUUGGGAUUGCAGCCUAGUGCUAACCGAAGUCUCUUACUUGUCAUAUUGUUGGAGAGUUGAUGGGCUUGGUAGGGAACACUUUUUCAUACUCACAUGUUUCUGUGAUCCAUAUCUCCUACUUUUGCCCCCAAAGCACAACUUGGACACUCAAUUGUAAAAAUGUGUAAAUUAAUGUUGUAUAGUUGGUACUUUAACAUUAUCCUCUCUAACAUAUUUUCGGAAAAUAAAAAAAACAACAAUUCAUGUAUUACAUAUAUACAUUCAUCAUAUAGGGAACGGCCAUAUAAAUAUGUUGUGUCCAGAACUUCCGGAUUGAGCAAAUGUUUUUUCAUCAUCUGUUGACAAUUGUUGGACAAAAACCGAAUGCAUAUAUGGUUUCAUCUGCAGUCAUAUGUCUCUGUGUGGCCAUAGUCUUUUGAGUGUUUUUUUCCAGUAGAUGGCGCUGAUCAAUCACAAGAAAAUAAACAAAUGUAGGAUGCC